UGUAUUUCACAUUGAAAGAAGUGCAGUGAGAAAUGAGUGAAACCAUUUUAUUUCUCUGCUUCUUAUUUUUUCCAAAUUAGACAGUUCUUUUUUCCUUUUUAAUACUCAUUUUCAUUGGUGAACUUUUGUUUUUUUUCUUUAAUUUCAAUUAGUCUGUGUAAAUUCAGCAAAUGAAAGCAAUUAUUUUUGCUUAUUAGUUGCAGAUUUCUGUUUCUUGUGCAUUUGAGGACUUCUAUUGCCUUGAUUUAUCAAGAAAUCAACGAGUAGAGAAAACUGAAAAGGUGGAAAGUAGAUGGCCUAGGAGUGUUGGGGUGUGAUAGUUGCCAUAAACCUUGUGAAAGGCAAUCAUUUAGAUAGUUCGACGAACAAUGAACUGCAUAAUGCUGCGGAGCAACUAGCAUUUGUAGUUGUAUCUCUCGUGGCUCUGGAGGCUGCUCACCCUGAGAAUGAGAUAUCUGCACAACUCAGGGACAUAUUUAUAGAAACUCGUGCUGUUAUUUUCGAGAUAUGUUCUCACAUGAAUAAUCAAGCUGGCUCGACAAGUGGCUUCAUCAUCGUGAUUUCAGAUCUGCUGAAGAUAAUUCGACUGGAGAAUAUUGCUGAGCGAAUAAAAGCUGCAAAGCCUUCAAGAUCAUCUAGCCCAAUCACUAUGGCGAUAGUGGGGUCUAUUGUAGCUUUGGUUGAUGGUGUUAUAUUUAUCCUAAGCCUACUUAAUGUAAAGCGUUAUGAUGUCCUUCCGGUGUGUGUGCUUAAAGACAAGCUAAUAUAUCUAGAAGUCUUCUUCACAUUAACUGCAAAGCAAUGCAUUGAACAUGAGAGGAUGAAGGAUCUCUUGGCCCACCCUGAGGAUGUAGCUUAUACUGCAAUACGUCUUUGUUUCUGUGCGGCAGCCUGCAAGAUGGAGGAGAAUGACCACCAGACACGUGUGCGUAUUUCUGAUGAGUACCAUAAUUUGCUGAAAAGGUUAAGUCCAUUUAGGCCUGAAUUGAGGUCGAUUUAUCAGAGCCUCUUGAUCGGUUCAAAGUCAUCAGGAACAGAACCUAUAAUGGAUGCCAAAUCUAUGUCCAAUUUUGUUGAUGCUAUCAACAAAGAUCUGAUGGAGCUGCUAGGCCAUAAUGCCAGCUGGAAAGUUACCUUUGAUGAUCGAAUACCAUGGCUCAAACAAGGACUUCCUUACCUUUCUACAUUUCUCCACGACAUAGCAUCCAAACGCACUCCACUUGAAGAAUUCAAUUCUCAUCAAUCACACAUGGAAGAUAUAGCCAUUGAGGCAGCAAUUGUGAUCUACUCCUCCUAUGAUGAGAGAAUGAAUGUGAGGUCCACGGAAAUAGAUCGUAAGCAUUUUCUUUGGCAGCUGAAUUUUAAUUGUGUCAAGGUAGAAAUCGGUCUGAUUCAGCUACUAAACAAUGAAGCCACCAUAAUAGCUCCUCUGAAAGAUCUGAUUGAUGAUGUCCGAGAACAGCUGAUAUUCUUGGGAACUUUACAAAUGGAUUCAACGGAGCAAUGCAAAGAGCAAACUAAGAUAGCUGAUUUGUUGACACUGAUUCAAUCUGUGAAUAACCAAGCAUGCUUUAUCAUUGAUUUUGUUUCUCGUCACAUGAAGAAAGAAGACACGGAGCAUGAAACUAGGCAGAUAUGUCCCAACAUUUCAACAUCAUCGACACUGGAUCAUCCUACGAUAAAUCUUCUGAAUUUUCUUCCAUCUUAUUUCAGCACGCUAAAAUCCUCAAAGACACAAUCUUCGCUUAGCCCCAAGAUGGAUGAGGUUUUGAUGGGGUUUCAUGAAUAUAUUCUUGGCAACAUACUACUAAAGGAUGAAAGUUAUUUGAUGUUUACUGUCGCAAAUGAGGUUAAAAAGUACUACUAUGGGUUGUUGCUCCUGGUAACAUAUCUUGUUGAUCCUCCAGUUCAGAAUGAUUUAUUGACAAGAUUUGGAACUUUUGCAAUUGAUGCUGAAUCUGCUCUCUGUUUAAUUUAUGAGGAACCUGUGGAUAGCAACAAAAGUAGGAAGGUCAAUCUUGUUCUUCAGUUUUUGAUGAUUUCUUUCGAGCUUAUCAAGUCUGAAGGAAACUUAAUGGUUCUACUACAGCAGGAAUCCACGUUGAAAGCUGAAAUUAUGGAUGUGAUUGAAUGUGUUCAUAAAGAGCUUAUUUUGCUUAAAGCUUUUCUGGUGGAUGUUCUCACGCAACACACAGAGCUUAGCGAAUUGCAUGAUCUCUUAAUGCACGCUGAAGUGACUGCCCACAAGUUAGGACAAAUCUGUAGUUUUUGUUAUGGAAGUUUCGUUGACGGCUCCAGCACUCAGCAAAUGAGGCUUUCAUUAUCUGAUCCUCUACAAGAGAUUGAGUCUCUGAAGGUUGAGUUCAGAAAAGUAUUCAUUCAACUUCUGGAUGCAUCACCGUGCAACAUGACAGAUGGAGAAGGCCUUAACAAUUUCUUAUUGAACCGCCAGGACAGGCUGCCCAACUAUGAUGACUGUUCAAUCUCUUUUCUGAAGAAUCAGAUCCUAGUAGUCGAAAACAAAUCAGAGUAUUUGGGCUCUUUUCUUGCAGAUAUUAUACAGUAUCGCAAUAUGCAUCAAGAACUCAAAGACCUCGUGAGAUGCGUUCAAGAUGUAAAUUAUGUCUGUUUCUUCAAUGUCAAGGGUUAUAGACCCUCUUGGUAUUACAUGUUGUAUCUCUCUGAUGUUGAGAAAUUGCUCAAGCAUAUUGAAGCGGAGGUCAAAAUGAUCUGUCUUAAAGUUACACAUUCAUUAGGUUAUAGUUUCCCCAAGACAGAUGGAUUAGGAUUUCUCAAAUGUUUCUUGGGCAAAUUGGAGGAGCUGUUGCGUUCUAAUCUUGCUUCGGAUAUCAAUUUAAAGUAUUGGAUUGAAUCAGUCAAGGAGGGCUUAUUGAGUCUCAGAUCAUUGAUAGAUCAUUUUGCAGAAAACUUAGAUGAGCAUGAUGAAGUUUAUGGUCUUGUAACAAGUGUUACUGAAAUUGCGAACAAGGCCGAGUAUGUCAUUGACUCGUGCUUGGCCUGUUCUCAUCCACUCUGGUACAAAAUUCUUUGGAUUUCUGAAGUUCUUGAGCAUAUUAAGCUUGAAAAUAAAGUUGUUAGUGAGACUUGUCAAAGAAAGAAAAUAGAUGCGACAGCCCACGAAGUCAAAAAGACAACUUAUCGUGCAUCCUCUUUAUCAGCUAGUACUCCAAUAUCAAAUGAAGAAACUGAGGGUUUCCAGGAGGCAAUGGACACAAUAAAAGAGCAGCUACUUGGAGGAUCACCUCAGCUAGAUGUCAUAUCAUUGGUCGGAAUGCCGGGAAUCGGUAAGAAUACUCUUGCUAAGAAGAUUUACAAUGAUCUGAUCGUUACCGGUCACUUUGAUGUUCAUGCUAAGUGUCAUGUGACGCAAGUGUAUUCAUGGAGAGAACUGCUUCUGACCAUUUUGAAUGAUGUUCUUGAGCCUGCUGAUCGCACUGAAAAAGGAGAUGGUGAAAUAGCUGAUGAGCUGCGUCGAUUUUUAUCAACCAAGAGAUUCUUAGUUCUCAUCGAUGUGUGGGACUAUAAUGUGUGGGACAGUUUACAUAUGUGCUUUAAAGAUGCUCGGUAUGGGAGCAGAAUUAUACUAACGACCCAUUUAAGCGAUGUUGCCAAUUAUGCUAAAAGUGAAAGCAAUCCCCACCAUCUUCGUUUAUUCACAGAUCGCGAGAGUUGGAGAUUAUUGCAUGAAGAGGUGUUUCAAGAAGAGAGUUGUCCAUCUGAACUUAGAGACGUGGGGUUUAGGUUAGCAAAAAGUUGUGGCGGGUUGCCUCUCUUCAUUGUAUUAGUUGCUGGUAUUCUGAAAGUGAAAAAGAAGCAAGUGGAUUGGUGGAAAGAAGUGGAAGAACGUCUAGAUGCGCAAAAUAUGGGUAGCCUGGGAGAGAGCAUGCGUAUAAUUGGAUUCAGUUAUAGGAAUUUACCACACUAUCUGAAGCCUUGUUUUCUUUAUUUUGGCGGACUUUUGAAGGGCAAGGAUAUUCAUGUCUCCAAAUUGACACGAUUGUGGCUCUGUGAAGGAUUUGUACAAGCAUCAGAAGAUGCUGCACAAAAUCUUCUGGAAGAUCUUAUUAGCCGAAAUCUUGCAAUGGGCAUGAAGAAGAGACCAAAUGGCAAGGUGAAAAUGUGCCGUGCUCAUGAGUUACAUCAAUUCUGCUUGGAAAAGGCCAAACAAGAGAAUUUCCUUCUCCGGAUCAAUAGCGAACAGGAUAUGUUUCCUGAAAAGCCUGAGGAAUAUCGAUUGUUUCUUCAUUCUUCCCAAGAUCAGAUUGAUCUCUGGCAGCCAUCUUGCUCAAAUGUCCGGUCUUUAAUAUUCAACAUGAUUGAUCUAGAUAACUUGUUAUGGCCACUUGACAUCUCUUUUAUCUUUGACAUCUUCAAACUUGUUAAAGUGUUGGACUUGGAAUCUUUCAACAUUGGUGGUACUUUUCCUAGUGAGAUCCAAUCUCUAAUUCAUCUGAAGUACUUUUCUGCUCAAACCGAAGCAAAUUCAAUUCCUUCAUCUAUAGCUAAGCUUUGGAAGCUUGAAACGUUUGUGGUAAGAGGAUUGGGAGGAGAGGUGAUAUUACCGUCUUCCAUUCUGACGAUGGUCAAUUUGAGGCAUCUACUUGUAAAGCAGCGUGCGUCAUUUAGUCUGGAGAACCGGGGUGAACCUCUUGCUUACUCUCAAUUAGAUAAUCUGGAAAUCUUUUCCACUCCACGUCUCUCUUUUGGUGAAGAUGCUGAAACAAUAUUGAGAAAGAUGCCAAAUUUGAGAAAGUUGAGUUGCAUAUUUUCAAGGGCAUUAGGCUAUUCAGAGAAUGUGAAGGGACGGUGUGUUCUUUUUCCCAGAUUAGAGUUUUUAAGUCACCUUGAGUCCCUCAAGCUUGUUUCCAACAGCUAUCCGGCUAAACUUCCACGCUUUAAUUUCCCCGUAACACUAAAGGAAUUGACUCUGUCCAAGUUUCGUCUACCUUGGAACCAACUUUCAACCAUUGCAGAAUUGCCUAACUUGGAGAUUCUAACGUUACUUCUAAGAACAUUUGAAGGUGAUAAAUGGGAAGUGAAAGACUCAGAGCUCCGUGAACUCAAAUACUUAGAAUUGGACAACCUCAAUAUUUCACAGUGGUCUGUAUCUGAUGAUGCUUUUCCUAAGCUUGAACGUUUGGUUUUAACCAAAUGUAAGCUGCUUGAGAGAAUUCCUUCUCAUUUUGAUGACGCUGUAUGUCUCCAAAGCAUUGAAGUAAACUGGUGCAGCUGGGAUGUCGCCAAGUCUUGUCAGGAAAUUCUAAGAACUCAACACGAUGAUAUGGCAAAUGAUGCAUUUACAGUUAUGAUACAGCCUCCAGAUUGGGCUAGAAGAUCAUUCACUUGACUCUUAUAUGGUAUGUUCCUUCCAUAGUCAUCUGAGUACAUUUCCACUCGUUCGUUUUUCGCUUACACCAGAACAUGCUUAUUGGUUACCUCUUGAAUGUUAAGUUCUUACUGCUAAGACUGGUGAAAGUUUUGAUGUGUACUGCACUAUGUCUGCAGAGUGAUUGAUUGACCCUUCGUCUGUAUCUUUAGAAAUUUUCUGGUAAGGAAACCUGGAAGAAUGGCAUAACACAUAAACAAACACUCAAACUUGGCCUCAGCUGGCAAGUAAAUACUCCCGACUUUGAGUAUGCACAUCUAGACUUCUCAACUAGUCUUCACUGCGUCAGUUGAACACUCCAACUUACAAAAUGAUCAGCUAGAGACCUCCAAAGUUUAUGUUCCACAUCAGCAUCAGGCAUCCACGAGACACAAUAAGGAUGAGUACAUUUCCACUAGUUCAUUGGUUCAGAUUAUUUUGUUGCUGUUACUUGUUACUGCUGUUCCUUUUCCUGAAUGCCAUGUAAUUCUUCCUUUAUCAUUUGUUAUGUCUUCUUUCAUUGAUAUAUGUUACUUGAGCCGGAUGUCUUCCAAA